UCCCCAAGCUUCUAAAGAUUGGCUUGAGAGCCUGCUGCUGUUUCAGUCUGAGUUUGCACAGCCAGGUACUACUUCAUCAGUGACCCUGGAGAGUAACAAAACAAAUAAAAGCCCGAACCCAAACCCUGUCACCAUCAUAGGUCUAUAAUUACUCUGGAAUCAGCAAGCCAUGGCAUCAAAGAAAUUUGCUGUUAAAUGUGGGAAUUUUGCUGUCCUGGUGGAUCUUCACAUAUUACCGCAAGGUUCAAACAAAGAUACCAGCUGGUUUUCUGAACAGAAGAAAGAGGAAGUCUGUUUACUGUUAAGAGAAACCAUUGAUUCGAGAGUGAAGGAGUACUUAGAAGUUCGUAAACAGCACAGGCCGUCAAAUGCAGAAUUCACGAGAUCCAGUCCCUUGUCCUUAAAAGGUUAUGGCUUUCAAAUCACAGCCUAUUUUCUCAAGAGAGGGAUUCGCCUCUGGUGCCUCAGGGGCUCACAGCAUUCAGAACUCCGUGUAUUUCCCGACAGAUUUGUGGUCUGUGUAAGUCAGCUUGCCUUCAGUCGUGACCUUUUGGCAAGUCAGCAGGAAGAGUUGAUGGGAAGAGCCGUCCAAGGAGUGACAGAGGAUUUCACCGAGUGUGCAGAGAGGCCACUUCCUCCCGGUGCAGAGUGCAAGAGGAGGGCCCUGCAAGAAAUUGUGAACCGAACUGAAACACAAAGCGUCGUGAGCAAAUCCUGCGGCUAUGAGGACAUCGUGGGAACAUCUGGUGACUCCGUGAUUGCAGAGGGCGCAAAGAAGAGGAACACUCAGACCUCGUCCCAUCCCCUGGAUCCCACGGGACAAGCUAAGUCCACAGAGGAGGCAGCCGAGAACCACCAGGGGCUUCCCGUUCCACAGCUGGAAAAAGCUGCUGAGACCCCACCAGAUCCUCUCCGCCAGCAGCCAGCGCAGACCUCACCCCGGGCGCGGCUGGAGACAGGGCUUCCGCGGGAGCCGGUCUGUAGCUGUGAGUCAGCAUCCAUGGCUCCAAAACAGAGUCCACGAGGGGCUCCGGCUGAGGACUCCGACCACCGCAGGAGAGUUUCUCUUGCAAGUGAUCCAUUAGUCCCAAGAGAAAUAAGAGUGGGGGGGUGGGGGGUGGGAAGCAAAGCCGUCAGGGCCCUGUCAGCUUCAGAGCUGUCAGAUCCAGGGUUACUCUUGAAACAAGACUUGGCAGAAAGCAACUCUAAUGCAGAGUUGCAUGUUUUGGAAAAUCUCUCCUCCAGACAGCUUAUGAAAAAUAAGCCAGGGCAGGCAGAGCAAACCCGCUCAGCCACAAACCCUGAAAGAUGAGCUCCGAUUCAAGGCAGCCCAACCAAGAAAAGAAAGCAGCAUGAGAAAGACCGCUGGAGAGGAUUGCAGACUUGCUGGAGAAGACUGCAGAUUGAUUGCUGAGGAGAUGGUGGCCAGGCCGGUGAAAAAUGUGUAUAGAUGCUGAGGCUUUGAAGGAAUUGGAAUGAUCUUAAGAAGGUAUAUACCUUUGUUGGCUUUUAAAGCGGUCACCUCCAGGAGCCCAUGUGCUUGUUCUGAUAGCAUUGAUCUUUCUCAUCACAUUUUCCAUCUUCAGAAACUUAUUUUAGUGAUUAAAUAGCCAUUCACUUUGUUGGCAGCAGGGCAUUCAUGAAAGAGCUCCAUAAAGAAACAAAUCAUGGGAGUUCUCAUUGUAGCUUAGUGGGUUAUGAACCUGACUAGUAUCCACGAGGAUUCGGGUUUAGUCGCUGGCCUCAGUCAGUGGGUUAAGGAUCUGGCGUUGCCAUGAGCUGUGGCAUUGGUCGCAGACACAGCUUGGAUCUCACGUUACUAUGGCUGUGGCAUAGGCAGGCAGCUGCAGCUUGGAUUCAACCCCUAGCCUGGGAACUUCCAUAUGCCACAGAUGCAGCCCUAAAAAGCAAAAAAAAAAAAAAAAAAAAAACCACCCCACAGAAGCAAAACAUGAGUCUCCUUGUCACAUCCCUGUGCAGAUCGUACAAUAGGCCAUGUAAAGACGGUGGCACGUUGCCACCAAUCACUUGGGGUACAGCGAGCCUCCUGCCCCUCACCCUGCGUAGGACAGCUGUGAAGGAACAGGCUGAUGGUCCACAUGGUCUGCUUGUGGCACCAGCAUCGUUAUCUGAAAAUAUGUUAGAAAUGCAGGGCCUGAGACCUAUGGAAUGAGAAACUCUGGCUGAUUCUGAAACCUGGCCAAGUUCAAGAACCACUGAGUUAAAUGGAGUGUCUGUUUCUUCCAGCCUGGCCAUCGUGGCCUCUGAUGCACCAGCAGGGCCCCUCAUGUGGACACGCACCCCCUCAUGCUUCCUGACACUUGUGAAGCACCUGGGUUCAGUGUAUGAGUCACUCUCUUCCCAGCUUCUUCUUCUUUUUUUUUUUUUUUUUUUUGUCUUUUUGGGGCCACACCCACGGCAUAUGGAGGUUCCCAGGCUAUGGGUCUAAUCGGAGCUGUAGCCUCCAGUCUACGCCACAGCCAUGCCAGAUCCAAGCUGUGUCUUUGGCCUGCACCACAGCUCAUGGCAACGCUGGAUCCUUGACCCACUGAGUGAGGCCAGGGAUCGAACCCGCAACCUCAUGGUUUCUAGUCAGAUUCGUUUCCGAUGCACCACAAUGGGAACUCCUGUUCCCAGGUUCUUAAGCACAUGGAUGUUAAGCAGGGUGGCCGUGGACUUACCCCAAGAGUUGCAGGAUGUGGCUGUGUAAUGUGGACCAACUUCAGGGGAAGACAGGGCAGAGGCUUGUUCUUGCUCUGUAGCGCACGCAUGUCCCUGUCCCUGCCCCCACCUCUAAAAUCUGGUUUAAAAUCAGGACAGACCAGAACCUAAGGGGAACUCAGUGGCCAGAGAGUCCAGCUUCCCAUUUGGAAGGCUUCACAGGCAGUUUACAUUUCAAAACAGGUGCUUUUCCUUUGCAGGAUCACCCACUGUUGUCUCCAGUGGGGCUGCUGAAAUGUCACCUAAUGAAUCAUAGCAGUGACUUAUUUUGGAGGACCCCUAUAGUAGAUUUUCUUUCCAGGCUCCUUCGAAAAUAGGGAACAAACAAUAUUCAAAGGCCACUCAUCAAAUAUAUCUUUAUUUCCUGCUCAACAUACCUUCAAAGGGUGGUCCUUUGAAGUAGUACCUCCCUAGUAACAAGGAAAAUCAUGUGUAUUCCCAAAGUGUAGGAGUCAUCAAAAAAAAAAAAAAGAAAAAAAGCAGAUUAUUGAGUGGUUUCUCCCAGCUCAUUCUGUCCUUCCCCAGGGCUCUCUUCCCCGCUGAUAGGGCAAGGCUCAUUGAGAGACAGCUCUAUUUCAUGGCACCAUUUUGGGUCAUGAAGCUAAGUCUUGCCAUGCAUGGCCCUGGAUGCAGAUGAUGAUUCAGACUCUUCUUGGAAACCUGUUCCCUUCCUGGGAUCCCAGCCUCACCACCUCCACCAGGAACAUGGCCCUGCCCACGGCUGUCCCUUCCUCUUCCCUCCUGGUUUUUUUUCCUGCCGAAGAUGAUUCCAAUCCAGGAUUCUACAGAGGAGGGAGCCCAGCACAAUACUAACUGCAGCGGAGCAUAUUCUGCUCAUCCAGUAGGUGUAGACUGCAGAGCAUGGAACCUCCCGAGAAGGUGGUAGAACAUGGCCUGUCGAGGGCCCCUCUCUGAGUGAUCUGUGUUCAGGGUGUGCUCUUCCCUGAGGACAACCCCAGCAUGUCAUCCAGUCUUCUGAAAAAGAAAUAAUUAUUGGAACAUUUUAAGCAGGGAGGGCACAAAUCAUAACCCAGGCAACAGGCCAAGAAACAAGGAACUCCCUGAAAGAGUCUGGAAGAAAAAAGAGCCAUUCCAGCACAACGGCUACUACCUGCCCCAGAGCUCAAAGGAGGUGUUUGAACUGGCGGCACCAGAGAAAGAACAUUUGAGUUUUAUUUCAUUAGUUAACCUAGGCCUGGUGGUGAAAUCCACUGCUUGUACUUUUAGCAAUUUUCUUUCAAGAAAACGUUUAGCCUUAGAGUUUGGUUGUAUUUGUGAGAAGCAACAAUGACUGUGACCUAAGGGGGGAAAUAGCACCUCUAGCUAUCCAUGGAUAAAGCCUUUCUCGUGGGCCAUCCUGGAUGUGGGAUUUUAACAGGAUUAACAGAAGGAACAGCUCUCCGCUUCCCUGCUCUGACAUGUGUUUGAGGAAUUUUGCCUUUAAGCAUUUUCCUUCCACACGUCUGAAACACCCCUGGAUCUCUUGUUACUUGAGUGGUUGUUUGAUUCUUUGGGUAUUUGGAAUACAAAGGGGAAAAUGGCUGCCAGAGUUUUGUUGCGGUGGUUGCUUAUUUAGUGGGAGAUGAAGCAUUGUCUCUCAGCUGCUGAGAGUGGAUGUGUUUUGAUAGUCUUAGUAGUCUUCAUAAUUCAGCAUCUGAAAAUCUGAGGCCCCAUCACUGUUCUUAAGUCAAAAAGAACAUGUUCUUCAACCACGUACUUAAUAGCCCAAAUUCAAAGUAUCUUCAAGUUCCUGUAACUCUACUUGGAAGAAAAAUGGAACGAAUUCGAUUAAUGUUCUAACUUCGAACUCCCUAACUUUCUCAAUGUCAUGGCUUUUAAGUCAUCUCCAUGUGCUUUCAAAUAACUUUUUAGUUGAUUGGUAUUGGUGGGGUUUUUUGUUUUGUUUUGUUUUGUUUUUCUUCUUAAUGCCUAUAAAUGUCUGAGAAUAGUCAGUGUGACUUUUCUUACACAUUUGUCUUCUCUUUGCCUCUGGAGGUUAACCGUCAUCCAGAUGGGCAUAUACAUUGUUAAAUGCAAAAGAGCAAACGUUUGGAGACAGAGGAGGAAAUGCUGCAGUUGUUUUGGUUCACUUAUUUUAAAUUCAAAAGUGGGAAAGUUAUUUCACUUUAUAAAAGGCAAGAGGCAUUAAAAAAAAAAAAACCCUGUAUUUUGAUUUAUGGAGAAUAUAGCUUCCCUCUGACUAUCUCAGAAUGUCUUGGGGGCAGUGGGAUCACAGUUAACUUGUUUGCUUUUGGUGUCAUGUUUGGCUUUUAGCACGAAUUGUUGCACCUAUCAGUGGCCUUUGAUUUCAGAGAAAGCUCGGAGAGGGCCGAGCACAUAAGGGAAGGAAACCUCACCCACGAGAAUGGCCUGGGAUCCUGGUUGUCGCCAUUCCCAGUUUCCUUGAAUUCCUUCUCGGCAGGCGCCACUGCAGUAUUUCCACAAAAUUUUGGUGAGUGGCGCUCCUUUGGCUUUGCUAAGAGCCAAUCUCUCUACUUAGCAUGCUGUGCCAUGGCUUGAAUGUGGAAAUCAUUUUAAUUCCUUCUUUUUUCGUAUGAGGAAAUUUUCACGCUUGGUUUGUCAGGACGAGAGAGAGAGAGAGAGAGAGAGAGAGAGAGAGAGAGAGAGAGAGAGAGAGAGAGAGAGAGUUAGUUCAAGCCUUGUCAUUGAAACACAAAUGAAUCGAAACACGUUGGGACAAGUAAGAAAUCAAAGUUAAGCUGAUUUCUAUUAGUUUAAAGUCUUCCUUAGUAUAAAAUAAAUUAAGCAUUGUAAAAUGUAGUUAAUGCAGAUAAUUACUCAGGGCAGAAGUCUAACCAUAUAUAUAUAUCACUGGUAUUACAAUUUAACGGCAUAAUUAAAUUCUCAGAUAUCUGCAGAACUCUCUCUAAUUUGGUUUCUCUAUUUACUUAUCAGGACAACAAAUAUAUGUCAUUGUGUAGCUUAACAGAGGGAACUUGAAUGGAUGAAAUUAUUGCCUUUAAUUUAAAGUCAGGAACUACUCCGUACUGGGGUUGGAUUUAAUCACCCUCAAAUAAGUUUUAUCAUGCAGUAUGAUAUUCCCUCACGACUGCCGUUAGAAUGGCUUAUCAGAAGUCUUGUUAAUUAAACAGAAAUCAGUAAAACCAUACAUUUGGUCCUCAGAGCACCUGAUCAGGCCACUAAAGGCGUGGAUUUAAUAGAUUCCCCAGAAUAAAUUUUCUUCAAUCCAGGCAGAAAGCCAAACUCUGCAGUAUUCACCAGGAGAGGUGUAUUCUGUCACUGGCCUUAUCCUUUCAUUUGUUUGGUUUAAAGUAUUAAAAUAGUUUGAAUCCUUGUGUAUAUCUAGGGGACAAAAUGAGGAUGUGGUAUAAAUGAACCUGUUUUAUGAAUAAAAAGGACAAUCGUUUUUAAAAAA